UGAAUCCGGGCUCAAGUGCGAGUACAAGGAAGUACCGCCACCAAAGUAAGUUAGAAGCCUGCGCCGUUGCCGAGAGCGCACUACUCACCCACACACCAUUGACAGGCAAGAUCGCACUUUGCACGACAUUUCGACGAAGCUUGCCAUGCUCGUGGAUCAGUUCUCGCCCAUUCCAAGUCGACUUGACAGAAUAGAGCGGCAACUUCGAGGUCAGCAGAGUGGAGAUGGUACGCUACAGACUCCAUCUGACCAGUUUCCUGCGCCCACGCCUGUUGUUGCGGAAGAAGCUGAAGGAAGUGUGUAUGAUCCAGUCCGAGAAAACACCUCGUCGGAACCGCCACCGCACACAGCAGCCAGGACAUUAGCCGGGCCGAAAUUCUCAGCGCCGCCUCCGAACGCGACUUCGCCUGAAAGCAGCAAACAAAGCCAAGUGCCGGAUAUCUUUGAAGGAGAAAUCACGUUACCCGCCGACCACACCACUUCCGCCCAUCAACUUCUAUCUGAGUGGGAAUCCAUGGAGCCAUUCUUUAGAGACGUAUGUCCUACCGGAGCCAACUAUGCGAGGGAAGAGGAGGAAAACCGUGGACUCUUGCGGCUGUAUGGAAGGGGCGAAGGAGAAGAUAUGUAUGACGGCGGACACGGUGGCAGCCCUGCGGCAGAUACCACGGAGGACGACACGACACCUGCUCCUUCUCCAAGGGACAGCAACGGCUGGGGCUUUGGGUUCACGCCCACCGCAGGCGUUGAGGUCCAUCGCUCGUCACCGCAGGACUGGGGUGGUCUCAAUCCAGAUGGCACCUUGAAGCUGGAUCUACGGACAAUUAGGCGUCUGCAUCAGAGCUAUCUGCAACACAUCCAUCCGUUGCAACCAUUUUUGGACAAGGGGCGCUUGAGCGUCAUGGUGGAGAACUUCAUCGCUCGUUACAGCCCGGAUCCACCAGCGCCCGGAAAUGUCGGCCCUCGAUCGCCGUUUGCCGUGCCUGGAGAUCAAUAUGGGGAUCGCUAUGGUAGCGUACCCCUAAAGAGGAAACGGUCCAACAACGGCUUGGUCCCUGGCCAGGACGGAGGGACGCCGCCCAGACGCAUGCAAGUGGAGCGGUCUAUCGGAAACGCGAUAGUCCUUCUGGUCUUCGCUCUAGGAAGGAUUUGCGAGCACAAGACACAUCUAUCCGGUCCGAUCGGCGGCCCGACCACCGCGAUAGGCAGUGGACUUCAGCCAUCAGUGGAUUCGCCGCCAACUGCGAUCAAGCCAUCUCCUGCGUCAUCACAUUCAACGCUCGCCAGCAUUCCAUCACCAGGUUUCGAUGGUCCAACACGCUUUACGUCACGACGAUCAUCCGCAGAGCAUCUCCCAAGCUUCGAAAAGCGAGACUUCACCGCGAGGAACAUUGACGUCACCCCUGGCCUUGCGUACUAUGCCUAUGCGGUUGAGAUUCUGGGCGCAGUACACGGUGGAAAUGACCUUUCCCACGGUCAAGCCGGUGUUUUGGCGGCGCUCUAUAUGGGGCAGCUUGCGAGGGUAAUGGAAAGCUGGGGCUGGAUUUGCUACGCAUGCAGAGUGUGUGGCGUCUUGAUUGAUAAGGACAAAGAUGCGUUGCGCCCUGAUGCACCCGACGAGCCGUCAAGCAGCAUGGAUCUACGGAAGGUUAUGCCUGGCGUGACGACGGAUCGCCGGAAGAGGAACCUGAUGAAAUUCCUUUUCUGGACAUGCUUGCAGUUGGAGAGCGAUAUCCUUGCCGAGAUGAGCCAUCUUCGCCCUAGCGGAAUAUCAAAAGACGAAGAGCGCAUUGGACUCCCUAGCCAGAUAUAUCCCGAUAUGCCGUUGGAUCCUCCCGAAGAGAUGAAUUGGCUUUAUUACUCAGCACAAAUUCAGCUUCGUAAGAUCUUGAACCGCACCCAUCUGGCUCUCUACAGUAAACAAGCACGGAAAAAGUCGUUCUGGGCCUCCCUAAAGGACGAUCAACUCGAGGAGCAGCUACAAGGGUGGCGCGAUACUCUGCCACAGUGGCUGCAAUGGGACGAUGCCGACGAUCCCGCCCUGGACAUAAAUACGGCACGCAUGCGAGCCAAAUACUACGGAGCGAAGUACAUCAUCACUAGGCCAGUUCUGCACUGGGCGGUCCAGCAAAAGGAUCCGCCCAGAUGGAUGGUGAAGAUGUACGUGCCGUCGUCUGAUAGCUCGAGCUCGCCGGACGAACCACCACGAUUUCCCAUGGACACGAACGCCGAAGCGCGGUGGCACAAGGUCAUCAGCACCAGCAAACGUUGCGUCGAUGCUGCUAUCCAAAGCACGCUUGCCUUUGAUGGGGUCGAGAGCCCCUCACAGCGGCUCAUCGUCACCAACAUCUACGGCACAGCUCAUGCACAAUUCGGCAACAUGCUCGUUUUGGCAGCUGUCCGCAGAUCAUGGCUCCGCGACCUGAUACCGUUGGCACGCCUCAACGAAUUGAUGGAACGAACCAUUAAGUUCCUGCGCCGCUUAAUCCCGAUCUCACCAACGAUGCGCGUCGACGUCGCCAUCCUCGAGAACACGCAGAAGUGCGUCAACGGCGAGAAGUCUGAUUCGGCGUCGGUCGAGGCGUCAUUUGGCGCAUAGUCAAGGUUCUGAACUUGGAUUGAGAAACGAAAAAUGAGGCGCCGGCUGUCGCGAGGCGCGCAAAAACCUCAGGCAGCGAAGCCGCCACUGUCACGCGCAGCAGCGUUGCCUCGCUUCGCCUCGUGUUUCUCCGCAACCCCUCGCGCCCC